AAGUAGAGACGCACGGAAAAAAACAACAACAGCAGCAGCGGCGGCGGCAGAAGCCCUGCGGCUCGCGACGACGGUUGACGCGAGAGAGAGAGAGAGAGACGGUUUAACGGGUCGGUGUCACUAAGUUACACGCGCGCGUUGUUGUUGUUGUUGUUGUUGUUUUCACGUCGAAUACCGACAAUGUCGCUGUUCGGUAAGUUGUUCGGCGGAGGGGGCAAGGGAGGGAAGGGGCCGACACCCCAGGAGGCGAUCCAGAAACUCCGAGAGACCGAGGAGAUGUUGGCCAAGAAGCAGGAUUUCUUGGAAAAGAAAAUAGACAUGGAGCUCGUGACGGCGAAGAAGAACGGCACGAAAAACAAACGAGCGGCUCUGCAGGCCUUAAAAAGGAAAAAGCGCUACGAGAAGCAGCUGGCUCAGAUCGACGGCACGCUGUCCACCAUCGAGUUCCAGAGGGAGGCGCUAGAGAACGCCAACACCAACACCGAGGUGCUCAAGAACAUGGGCUACGCCGCCAAGGCGAUGAAGGCCGCCCACGAAAACAUGGACAUAGACAAAGUGGACGACCUGAUGGCGGACAUCACAGAGCAACAGGAAGUGGCCCAAGAGAUCUCGGACGUCAUCUCGAGACCGAUCGGUUUCGGAGAUGAGUUUGACGAGGAUGAUCUUAUGGCUGAGCUGGAGGAGCUGGAACAGGAAGAGCUAGACAAAAACCUUCUGGAAAUCCAGGGAACGGAGGACGUUCCCCUCCCCAGCGUACCGUCUACGUCACUACCGUCCAGACCGGCCAAGAAGAAGGAGGAAGAAGACGAGGACGACAUGGCGGACCUGGAGGCCUGGGCGGCGGCUAACUGAGCUAGCUCGCCCCCCCCCCCCCCCCCCCCCCCCCCCCCCUGCUAGCCAGCCGACGGGGAGGAGGGGGCACCAUCUGGAACCGAGACCGGGACUCUGGGCUGCUGAGCCCCGCUGCUAGCAUGCUGCUCCGUCUCCAAGCCCACACAAUAUCUACCGCACCCCCCGGCCCCCUAAAGUACGCACUUGUGCACAUAUUCAACUGACUCAAAAAAAAGAAACCCAGGCUCUUCUCCUCUGAUUAAUGUCACGGUACGAAUGUCUUUAAGCUCCGGCUGUGCAGAGAGCAGCCUGUGGUUGAGCAUAUAUAUAUAUAUAUAUAUAUAUAUAUAUAUAUAUAUAUAUCAAAUAGGGUAAAGGCCACAUGCCCUUUGGGGGCAGGAGAGUGCAAGUGCGUACUUCUAGGGGAGGGAGUGUGGAAGGACAGGACGAGGCUUCUUCUUUUUUUUUCUUUCUGGGAGGACUGUGAAGAAAAGGGGUGAGGGUGUUUGUUUUUUUUCUGCUUCCUGCUCUGUCGUCUCUUUGCUCUUCUACAAGGACGACGACGACCCGUCGUCCACACUACACCAUCUACGCUGAGACCGCAGCAGCAGCAGCAAAAAAAAAUAUAUAUGAAUAAUGGAAAUGUUGGACUUUGUCGUAUAGAAAUCGCUGUCAAACUAAAACAUACUUUUUACAGUGAAGAGGGGAUCACGUCGCUGACCGCGUCGCUGACCGCGGUGCUUCAGAGAACGUUGUUGCCCAACAGGCUCUGAGUUAAACUACUGCGAGGUCACGUGAGUGGUCAAUAGAAAGGGCUUUCUCCGUCACGUUUUUACUUGUAUUACUUAUUAUUAUUAUUAUGUCAUCAAAAUUACAUUUAAAACAUUAUAAAAUAUAUUUUCUCUUGGA